AGCGCAAUGACGGCCAAUAACUCAAGCAGCAGUGGUAAGCUACCCGUGCCCACUUGUCAGGCACAUCUUGAGCCAUUUGUCUCCAACCAUUUAUGCCGACCCUCCGGGGGGUGUAUUCUGGAGCCUGAUUGUGCUCGAACGAAAGAGCGAAGCGCGAAUGGGCCGACCAACUUUAUCUUUGCCUUCUUCCAAAUCCAAUAAACUCGACUAAUAUUGUUCAACUGUCAAGUUUGUAUCGGCCGACAACAGAACAAAUUAGACUACUAACAUGGACACACCCAAACCUCAUCGACCCUCGCGAACUUGCACGCUUUGUCGACAGCGCAAAGUCAAGUGCGAUCGCCAACGGCCCUGUUCUCAAUGCAUUCGAGCCAAACUAGAAUGCACAUAUCCUCCAGGUCCUGGAAGAGCAGCAAAGCGAUCCCGAAACACGAGCGCUUUUCAAGCUCAGGUGGUUGAUAAGCUGCAUAACCUCGAAAAAGUCAUAAAGCAGUUCACAGCAGAACGUGAGGCUGCUUUGGAAGGCAACGAUACCUUUGAGAGCAGCCCUAUAGAUAUGUCUAUAGGCGCAACUAGUUCGGAUAUGGCGUCCCCCAACGUACAGGUUAAUGGGAAGCCCACGGCAGGCUCGGAACCGCACAACGACGAUACUCCUGUUGAGGAGCAAAUCGGCCGUUUGAUAGUGCAAGACACAAAAAGCCACUACAUUAGCAAUAUUCUAUGGUCGAAUCUUGGAAAUGAGAUCGAGGAACUACGUGAUAUGCUAUACGAACCGAUAUCCGAGGAUGAAAGUUGCGUACAGAGCAAAGCGCUCAUAUCCACCCCCAUAAAGCCAAUGUCCUCCAUUUUAUGUUUCUUCCCCGAAGUCUCAGACCCGAUGCGGGUGCAGCACCCAUCGUUGUUCCAAUCCGUCGCUUUGCUGGAUCUAUUCAGCACCAAUGUGUUACCGCUAGUACACAUAUUUCACAUGCCCACCACAUCGAGGCUGUACUGGGACGCAAUAGCUUCGCUAAAUUCUCUCGAUCGGAAUACUGAAGCCCUUUUAUUUGCCAUUUACUACUCUGCUAUUCUUAGUGCGGAGCCAGAGACAAGAGAGAGUAUUCUUGGUAUGCCCUCUAACGCUGCUCUGGAGAUGUACCGUUCAGCGGUUGAGCAGGCCAUAACUCGAGCUGAUCUCUUGAAUACACGGAGCAUACUUUUACUACAGGCAGCAGUGCUCUUCCUUUCGGCGCUGCGAAACGAAGAUGACUCGCGCACAGCCUGGUCGCUAAUACCUCUGGUUCUCCGCAUUGCACAAGCAAUGGGCCUCCACCGAGACGGAAGCAUGUUCGGAUUGAAGCCUCUCGAGAUAGAGGUACGUCGCCGACUGUGGUAUCAUAUAUGUUUGCUUGAUAUGAAAUCUUCUGAAUAUCAUGGCUUUGAACCAAUCGUCCACGAAGCCAAGUUUGACACCAAGCUGCCGCUCAACAUAAAUGACAGCGAUCUGAACCCACAAAUGAUAGAGCCACCUCCAGAACGUGACGGGCCAACUGAGAUGACUUUCUGUCUGAUUCGCUGCGAGGCAAUGAGAACGGCCCACAAAGUUGGCUACGCACCGCCGAGUUUGAGAAUCCCAGGUCUAGCAGAUGGCGGUGUUCUAUCCAUACAGGAUCGAGAGUCCUUCGUAGAAGAUCUUAGUGCACUCUUUGAGGAUCGAUACAUAAAAGGUUUCGAUUCGGCCCAGGCUUUUCAACACUUUUAUACCGUGGUUGCACGUUUGAUUGUUGCACGAAUGAGACUGGUUGUGCUUUUUCCAUUUGGGUCCAAGGAUAACAAUGGUUCCAAUAUGAGCGGAGCGUCUCGUGACCGACUCUUUUCCAUUUCCAUGGAAGCCUUGGAGUUCUCAUAUCUGCUCCUCACAGAAGAACGUCUUGCGAAAUGGGCCUGGCAUGGCAAGACACACGUGCAGUGGCACACCAUUGCUUUCAUUCUCUCCGAGAUUUGCUCGCGGCCACCAUCAGCAGAGUGUGAUCGUGCAUGGCAGUGCAUUACAAAGGUUCUGGAAGGAUGGGAACAAAGAAUGGAUAAUCAAAAGGGCUCGCAUUGGGGUCCUGUCAAGUGUUUAAUGGCCAAAGCCCGGUAUGUUCGAGAAAUGCAGAGACGCGAUCCCGUUAGCAGCAUCGAGUGCAACGCGGCGCCGAAUCUCAUACUUAGAUCCACUACUAGAGAUAUGCGAGGCGGGACGCAGCCGUUGGAGCAGGUGGAUACAAUAGUUACAUCCAUGGAUAACUUCAUACCAUCGAUAGGUGGCCCCCAAGGAGACUUUGCUAUCGAUACAUCGAGAUCUUACAUUGAAGCAACGUUGGAAGAGCUCGACGUUGCGUCAUUGGCCGCGUGGUGGGACACGUCUAUAAACAUGUAGAAUAUAUCAAAUGGGUACACUUCAGCUAUAGUGUACAGAAUAUCUGCAAUAGUUUAAUAUUUGCCAGCAAAAGGAGCAUCAGUUCCACCUCAGUUAUAGCGAUUCCAUAGAAUAAACGAGCUUUGUACCCGCAACUUUGCCCUGAGCGAGUUCAUCCAAGCCAGCAAUGACACCCUGUAAUCCCUCACCACCCCUAUUUACAGUACAUCUUGUAGGGUGGAGUUUCUCUUCUGCCAAUAACUUGGCCGUUCUCUCCCAGAAAGCUGCUCCAAAAGUAGCAUCUUCUUCUGAAGCUGGGAAUGUGAUGGGUCCAAAGGAAAACUCCUCUCCAAACACCGUGUAAGCCAACUGCCACUUUGUCUCCACCAUGGGAUUGAUCUCAGCCAGGAAAUCACCAGGCGUAAGCGGAUUUACAGUUGCGUAUAUGCCCUUCUCUGUGGAGCUCAUGGCGCGGGCAGCCACUUCAUGAAACUUGUCGUUGGGGGAGCAGUCCCACGCCAGGGUAAGAUUUCCGCCGGUGGCUUCCUUGAUAGCUUCAACGAGGACUUCGGUGCUCUCGCGGUAAUCUAAUACGAUGUCGGCACCAAGCGACCGGAGGUACUCAAAGUUGUAUGGGGAGGC